UUCCAGUCGGUUUCAUAGUGUCAGUUGGAUCACUCUACAGGGCAUUAUGUCGUCUGAGCCUGGCAAUGAAUUAGGAUCGAACGCAGUUAUGUGCUACUUUCCUUGUCUUCCAUACUACCUCAGAUAUCAGAUUGGGUUUGAUAUACUUGUUAACCCUCCUGAUGCACAAACGGAUCCAUCUGUGGCCGGUCAACCUCCGCGCUUGAUUCAUGUUGAGCUUUACUUCCCAGAUGGUAUUAUCUGCAAUCCUGCAAACUUCGAUGAAAUGCCAAAUCCUCUUUCAUUCGGAGAUGAUGCGCCACAUUUCUACCCUCCACUCCCUGAUGUCCAUCCACCAAUGCACCCAGAUAAUCCACAUCCAACCCAGUCGUUUUAUCGUCAACUACGCCAGCAAGCUAUGAUGUUGCAAGAACAACUUUAUACUCGUGUGCUUGUAGAUAUCAUAAAUGGCCAGCCUGGGGAAUUUAUGGUAAUUGAUGACACACCAUACGAUGUCAUUCCUCAUUGUAAAGAGUGCAAUGAGUUUCACAGAGAGUCAGAACUUGUUCACAUGAAACGACCCCGAGGUGUUCCAAAACGCAAGCGCUCAAAGCAGUCGCACAAACAGUCAGGGCGUUCACAUCAGCGUCCAUCAAAGUCCAGAUCCACAGGUCAGCAGGAUACAUCACAUGCAGCACCACACACAGCCGGUGAAAGUGUCACCACAGGCCCCAAAAAAGAUCUGCAAAAGCGUACAGUGACUCAACAGUUGCCAGAGGAAGAUGGGUUACAUGAAAUAGCGACAGGAAUACAAAACAAAAAUGUUUCCACUCAGGCUGCUGUUGCAACCAUCGAAAAGUCAAUGGCUCGUUUGACUAUACAAGAAAACAGUCUGCAAAAGCAAGAAAAGCCUACAUUGACUCAACAGUUGCCAGAGGAAGAAAGGUUACAUGAAAUAGCAACAGGGAUACAAGACAAAAAUGUUUCCACUGAGGCUGCUGCUGCCACCAUAAAAGAUGAAAUGGAUCGUUUGAAUUCGCAUGAAGAGAAUGAUGAUGGAAAUGUCGUUCAGGACAACGAAAAGCUCGGUGAAGAUCCAAAUGUCGAUAACGACAAAUAG